GAAGGCAAGGAGCUUGCAAUCAAUAGCUUUACAGGACGCGUAAGUAGCGACCCGGGUGUGUUAGAAAAGCGGAACGUGAACUUCCACUUCCACUUUAUAUUGUUUCUGUGGCAGCAAUUUCCUUGUUACGUUUUAUUGGAGAGAUUACUGUUAAUUCUAAAUGAAUACCUGCUCAACCACUAGAAUUAACACUGGAGACAAAAGGUGGCAGUCACUUGCCUAAAGUUCAGAAUCAUUGCAACGUACUUUUAAAAUGAGGCUUGUACAUUUCAUUUGUGGAUACAAUUGGAGUUGAUGUAAAGGUCUCCUAAAGAACAUAUUUGUAGUACUGCAAAAACAAGGAUGUGAAACUGGCUGACAAACUCUGAUGCAGAAAAAAAUACUUUCCAUCAUGGAGGAUUUGAAGCUGUACUGCAAUUGUCAUAGGAAUAAUUUGCAGUGACAUUUUUCUUAUACAGUUGACUAUCCAGUAUUUCCUCAGAAUCUGAAUAUUUAAAGUCAUGGGAGAAAAAAGUCCAGAAUUGGUCCUCAUGUCUAUGGAUGAUGAUGCUUUGUGCCCAGAUGAAAAGGUGUGUAAGUGGUUUGUGGAAAAGAGUGUACGGGAGCCUGGUACAGUUUACGAUACAACCACAGUGCUGAUAGAACAGGACAGGCUGCCGUCAGAGGAGGAGGAGGAUGAUGAUGAUGAUGAUGAACAUGACCGCAAUGUUGGAACUAAUCUACCUACACUGGAUGCUGCCAACGAGGAAGGUCUGCUGCUUUUGCCAGAGCAAGAUGCCAUGUCCCAGGGAUAUGUUCAGCAUAUCAUUUCCCCAGACCAGAUUCACCUCACCAUUAAUCCCGGCUCCACACCGAUGCCCAGGAACAUAGAAGGGGCAACACUUACUCUUCAGUCAGAGUGUCCAGAGACCAAGCAGAAAGAGGUGAAGAGAUACCAGUGUACAUUUGAAGGUUGUCCACGGACAUAUAGCACAGCUGGAAACCUGCGGACUCACCAAAAGACCCAUCGAGGAGAAUACACUUUUGUCUGCAACCAGUCUGGCUGUGGAAAGGCGUUUCUUACUUCCUACAGUCUGAAAAUCCAUGUCCGUGUUCACACUAAAGAAAAGCCAUUUGAGUGUGAUGUGCAAGGAUGUGAGAAAGCCUUUAACACCCUGUACAGGUUAAGAGCACACCAAAGGCUUCACACUGGGGAAACCUUUAACUGCGUAACAGAAGGCUGCAGUAAAUUCUUUACCACUCAUAGUGAUCUGCGGAAGCACAUUCGCACCCACACCAGGGAGAAACCUUUUAGGUGUGAUCAUGAUGGCUGUGGAAAGGCAUUUGCUGCAAGUCACCACCUUAAAACACAUGCCAGGAAGCAUACAGGAGAAAAAACAUUUUUAUGCACCAGCGAUGGAUGUGAGAAGACAUUCAGCACACAGUAUAGCUUAAAGAGUCAUAUGAAAGGUCAUGACAUUGCUGGUCUGGAGGAAUCAUUACCAAGCCACACAUCAUGCGAGGAUGCAAAUCACUGGUUCUGCCUCAGUGACAUAAGGUCUUUAUCCAGUGAUUCUGAAUUGCGAGAAAAUGUAGCUGGUAGUCCUGGACAAUCCCUUGGCCAGAUGUUGCCGCAAAAUCUUUUUGAGUCAAUGUUUCAGAGCCCAGAAAAUACACAAGAUCCUGAUUCUACUCAGCUAAAAGUGGAUGCACUGCUGAAAACAUGGGCUGCAAGCUCUGAAAUAUCAGCUGCGGUAGAGACUAGCUCAACUGAUUCUACACCUCUGUCUGUUCCUCUGGUUAACCCACCUGCUAAUGUUGAGCCUCCCAUGGAGAAAACUUGCUGUCCUGUGUCUUCUGCAGUACCCUUACAAUCGACCAUAACAGAGUGUGCAACCAAACCAACUCCUCCAGUGACAUUGGAGGCAAGGCAAACACUGGAAUUGCAUACUGCAAAUGGAGUGACUCAGUACACCACCAGCCAAGACUGCCUUCUCACCCCACAGGCAUCCCAGCCAUUGGUAGAGGGACUCGCUGUGGUGGCAGGUCAUCCUCUUCCUGUUUUGUCUGCUUCCGAAACAUCCAUGCCAACAUUAGUGCAAGCUGCAGUGCCAAGUGCUAACACAGUGCUUGCCACUAACCCUGCUAUAACCAUCACCCCCACACCCAAUGCUGCACUCCUGCAACCAAGCUUAGUCAUGGCUGAGCAAAACUUUCAGUGGAUAUUAAAUGGAGCUACUCAAAGCCAUGAACAGUCUCAACAAACGGCUAAGGUGGAAAAGGUUUACUUCACCACUACUGUUCCAUUGCCUGGAGGCACAGGGAAUCCCGUACAGCAGAUUGGUCUGAGCCUUCCUGUUCUGAUUAUAAAGCAAGAGGAAUCUUGUCAGUGUCAGUGCGCCUGCAGAGACUCUUCCAAAGACACAACCAACAAACGCAAAGGAUGUUCCCCAGCUCCAGAACCAGCAUCUGAUCCCAAACCAGCAGACCCUCCUCCAGAAAAUCUGCAUUUGUCUACCUCUCCCUGUGAAGGAAGCAGCGGCCAUUUACUGAACACCUCAGGCUCUCACCCUUGGACACCUUCUUCCUUAGAUAUUUCAGACUUCCUCUCCAUGCAGAGUCCAGAGAAUCCUUCUUCUCUGGCCCCAAUGGAAGCCUUAUUGCAAGGGGACGAUAUCAGCCUUGGCAGUUUUUCUAAUUAGGUUGCUCUCACAUUGGAUUGACAUGAAUUAAUCUCACCCCUUUGUCUCCAAGGGGGAUUACUGUGCACCAGAUGCAAAGGACAGAAUAUCCAAAACUGACAUCCGGUAUACAUAUAGUUUUAGUUUUCACAAGAAAAGAACAUAUUUUUAUUUUAUUUAGAACCCUAGUGGAAGGAAAGCAUUUUUUUUUCAUUUUAGCACUGAUAAGGUGUUUGUAAAAAAAAAAAGAGAGAUUAACCUAUUUUGUUUUUAUUGCACUAAGAGUCACUUUGUUUGCCUGUCAUUUGCAAACCUGCAUUUCUAGAGAACUAACUGCUCUGAAUAUAUAUGUAUAUACCAUGAGAGACACAGGGUCUUUAGAUAUCCUGUCUCUCCUUUUGUUUGCUCUGUAGAGUUCCUGUUACAGCACAGUGUGAAGAUAGUGAAGUCUCCAGCUCUAAACUUGUAACUAUUUCACUGAUUUCAUGUGUUUGACAAAACAUUUUAGCGCCCAGAACGUUCUGCAAUAGUUUAUUUUUUUAAUGCAGCUCAGAUUUUUCAUUGCUCCCAUUACUGAUCAUGUUACCCACUAUAAGGUACCUUGAAUCCGGGCAGAAUUUAAGCCAUGAAUGUUCUGUGUUGAGAAUUAGGGUUGUGGUUCCAAUGUGUAAAUCUGUGUCCCAUAGGAUUAUACUGGAAAAAACAGGAAUGUAAAGGACCACACCGUUUUUUUUAACUAUAGGCUUUAUCAUUGGUUGAUGAUAUUGCUCUCUUUCAUACUCCCAACAAUUAUGGAAAAUUGCAGCAUUAAGAAUUCAUUCCUUUUCUGACUGCACUUGCUAAAUGCACCGCCUAAUGGAGGGAUGAGAAUAUAGCAUAAUUCAGAAGUACGGGGAAGGGGAUGGAUGGGUAGAAAUACUUCUCAGGGCUUUUGUUAGCUAAUAACGUUGCAGUAUUGCUGAUCUUUCCUUACAAUUAGAACUAUACCUUUACCUGGUGCAAAGACUGGAAGAAGUAAGGCCUGUUUUAAGUGCACUACUACCCAACUGUUGUUGUUGGCUUAACACAAAAUCUAAAACAAGGAAACGGGAAUUGUACAUUAACUAAGCACAGCAAUGGUGAAUUUGUAGCACUGAGGCACUUGCUUAGUUAUAUCUCCCAACAUCAUUAAUAGCUGUUUAUUGCUAUGGAAGAAUGGCUUUUGCGUAUAAUCAAAUAAUUCUGUAUUGCUUCAACAAUUCUUUGGAUACCUAGCCGGGCAUCAACUGUUCAUCUACACAAAAUACACAGCAUUGACCAAAAUAAGUUUUUAUUAAUAUUUUUGCCAAUUGGUGUCCUGCAGUUGCUAUUUUGUGUAGCUGAACACGUGCCAUCACCACCUUUUAUCACCUGUCGCCGUAGAACUUUUUGACCUACAUUCCUAAGCUUAUAGAUCAGCGAGAGCUGGAGGGAAGCAAGUUGAACAGACCAGUGGAUAUUUUGUUUGCUAUAAGCAGUGUUUUGUCAUAUACUGAAGAACUGACAAAUGUUUUCUCCUGUCGAGCAGGUUUUUAUAAAGUCAGAAGUUCAUACCGUGCAGGUCUGAUAAAAAAAACUUGGGUCACCACAAUCCCCUUUUAUACAGUCACAUUUGUAUUAUUAAACUUUAAAUAUGAACCUCAUUUUAAUUGCUAAUUUCAUCCCAUUUUUGCCCCCAGACAUAAUCUGUGAAAGGUUAAGCCGUGUUAGAUGCCAGUAAACGCGCUUGGUUACUGACUGGCCGGAAGCAUCUUAAUCCUUAAUCAGCAACUGUGUUUUCCUGUAACCAUCUUCAUCUCUUGUUUAUGUAUAUCUGUUUUUGUGCGUCCUAUUUCUGUGUCUUUCUGUUUUACCUAUUGCCCUCAGAAUUAAAUAUGCUGCAGUUUCAAUUUA